CCGCGCGCGCCCAGGAUUGACCACCGCCGCCCCCCGUCGCGGGGCCACUUCCUGCUUCCGAGGCUAUAUAAACGCCGCUUCCGGCGCCCGGCUCGUUGGUGGCGAGGCGGCGGCGGCUGUUCUGCCCGGAGGGCUCGCGAUGUGCGUCCCAGGCUUAAGCUUGAAGAAAUCUGGCGCGUUCCUCAAAGCCUUGAAAGGGGAACCUCGCUAUCUCUUGGCCCAGAAUGUGGCUACGUCGACGGACCUCCUGGAUGGAAGCCUUGACCGAGACACUGUCCAAAACACCCUGCAGGUUUUCCAGCACGCGGUACCGGCCGAAGGGAAGCCGGUCUCCAACCAGAAGAAUUCAGGACGCUGCUGGAUCUUUUCCUGCCUGAAUGUGAUGCGCCUGCCACUCAUGAAGAAGCUGAACAUCGAGGAGUUUGAGUUCAGCCAGUCCUACCUCUUCUUUUGGGACAAGAUCGAACGCUGCUACUACUUCCUCCACGCCUUCAUCGAGACCGCGCAGGAGCCCGUCGACGGGCGGCUGGUGCAAUUCCUGCUCACCAACCCUUGCAACGAUGGCGGCCAGUGGGACAUGCUGGUGAACAUCAUUGAAAAGUAUGGCGUCGUUCCCAAGAAAGUUUUCCCUGAAUCCAGCACGUCGGAAACCUCCAGACGGAUGAAUGACAUUCUGAACAAUAAGAUGCGGGAAUAUUGUCUCCGACUACGAAACAUGGUCGAGACCGGAUGCAGCAAAGAGGAGCUUUCGGCAGCAAUCGACACCAUGAUUGAGGAGGUGUUCCGGGUCGUCAGCAUCUGCCUGGGGAACCCUCCCGCCACCUUCUGCUGGGAAUAUUACGACAAGGAGAAGAACUAUCACAAGAUCGGGCCCAUCAGCCCCGCGAAGUUCUACCAAGACCACGUCAAGCCGUUGUUUGAUAUGGAGAGCAAGGUGUGUCUGGUGAACGAUCCUCGACCCCGGAACAAAUACAACCAGCUCUACACCGUGGAGUAUCUGGGCAACAUGGUGGGAGGCAGGAGGACUCUUUACAACAACCAGCCGGUAGAGCUCUUGAAAAAGAUGGUGGCCGCGUCCAUUCAGGAUGGAGAGGCCGUGUGGUUUGGCUGCGACGUUGGAAAAUGUUUUAAUAGCAAGCUGGGCAUCAACGAUUUGAAGAUAUACAAUCAUGAGCUGAUGUUCGGGGUGUCAGUCAAGAAUAUGAAGAAAGACGAGCGGCUGAUUUUUGGGGACUCCAUGAUGACGCACGCAAUGGUCAUUACAGCCUUCACGAAGAAAGAAGAACCGGACGAGGGCUACGAGAAGUGGCGCGUGGAGAAUUCGUGGGGUGAAGACCGUGGGAAUAAAGGUUACCUGCUGAUGACGGACGACUGGUUCUCGGAGUUCGUGUACGAAGUGGUCAUCGACCGCAAACACGUCCCAGAGGAGGUCCUGGACGUGCUGCAGCAGGAGCCUUUUUGCCUGCCCGCCUGGGAUCCCAUGGGGGCUCUGGCCCACUGAGCAGUCGGGAGAAGGAGGGGACCACCCCCCCUCUCCUUCUGGGUCAACUCCAAGCCGGCGGGAGCCCCGGAGCGGGGGGGGGGACGGGGUCUGCAGCCCGGGAUGGAUGGGAGGACCGACUUCCCAGCUAGAGGUGCUAACAUUCACACAUACCACCCCCCACCCCCCCACCCUUCAGAAGGCGCCGUCCACCUCUGGCCAGGGGUGUGUGUGUGUGUGGGGUGGGGGGGUCGUCUCCUUGCAUCGGCGUUUCUGCUUUUCAUUGUAACACGGUGCCCCCUUCUUUUCUUUCUUUCUUUCUUUCUUUUUUUUUUUUUAAAUGGCUUUUUAAACUCAUCUUAACGCACUCAUUCUAAAACGGGGAAGGGGUUCUUUUGAACGAGCUGUAUUCAAAAAGAAAAAAAAAACAUGGAAGAUUUUAGUAGGACUCUUUCUAAACCGGAAAUGGAGGGUUUUGCACCCUUGAAUCGAGAUGCACCAUUCUGGGGGGGGGGGAGAGGAUGGAUCCCCCCACCCUUGGGGGUCCUUGCCCUGCUGCCUCGUCGGAGGAUAAGAGAUUCGGGGCGAUGUGGGUCUGUUAUCCUGUCAUUUCUACCUGUCCCCAUCUUUUUCAGGCUGGUUUUUCGACAACCUGGCUGGCCGAUUUCCUUUACUGAAUUCUAUUCAAAGCAAAAAAAAUAAUAAUAAUAAUAUAAGGAAAAUAUAUCUUAACGUUCAUAAUGGCCUCCGGACCGAUAACUGGACAGUCUGCGAUGCGUCUUACCUGAGGGCACCAGGUUGGAGAAAGAUAGUUUUCUUUUUUUUUUUUUCUUUUGCUCAACAGGAUUCCAGUUGGUGGGAUCUCCUUUUGGUGGGAUCUCCCUUUGGCGAGAUCUCCCCUUCCCCACGGGGAAGGCAGAGCGAACAAUUGUUAUAAAAACAGGCCGGCCAAGACCUCCCCCCCUUCCCUCCCCCCCCCCAGUGAAAGGGAAGCAUUGCAAAAUAAUAAUAAAUAAAUAAAUAAACCGCAUUUCCUAUGUCCUCAACAACUCUUAUGGUGCUAUGAAGUAUUUUAAUUAAAACACUUGCCUGAAUUGA